CUCUUUGAUGUCACCAACCCUUUCAACCCAUCUCCAUGGGGGAUCGUAGAUCUUUCUAGUCACCAACAUCUACUCGGUGGAUUCAAACGUGGUGGGACGGUGACACCGACGACGGUGACCACCACGGUGACGUCAUCACCGGAUGGGACAUCAAAAGAAGAGAAGAAUUAUUUCCGCCGCUUGAAAUAUUUCAUGGAGAGACGUUUUCCAUGUGGUGUCUGUCAAAAGUCCUUCAAACAAUCUUCUCACCUCGUCCAACACAUGUUGGUCCACAGCGGGGAGAGACCUUACGAGUGCGGCACUUGCGGUCGCGCCUACAACCACGUUUCCAGUCUUAUCCGUCAUCGGCGUUGUCAUAAAGACCCACCACCCAACAACAUCAACCCACCACCCAACAACAUCAACCCACCACCCAACAACAUCAACUCCACCUUGAGCAGCAUCAUCCCACCACCCAACGGCACCACCACGGUGUUGAGCGGCGUCAUCCCGACACCAUCUGGAAUCAUUUUAACCCCCAGCGGCGGCGUCAUCCCAACACCGAGUGGAGUCACCUUGAUCCCAAGUGGUGGUAUCAACUCAACACCCAACGUUCCCUCUUCGGAUGGUCCUUUCACUUGUUCUUUAUGUUGGAAAGUCUUUAAGAAACCAAGUCAUCUCCACCAACAUCAAAUCAUCCACACCGGUGAGAAACCUUUUAGUUGUACGGUGUGUUCCAAGAGCUUCAACCGCCGCGAGAGUCUCACCCGGCACGUCAAGACCCACUCGGGGUUGUUACGUGUCCCAUGCGGCGUUUGCGGCAAGGAAUUCCGCGAUCCGGCCUAUCUUCUACGUCAUCAAACAUCCCAUAAUGCUCAACGCCCCGAUUAUAAGUGUGAGAUCUGCGGGAAGGUCUACGCCGCUCCUCAAAGUCUCUUGAGACAUCGUCAAAGUCAUUUGGUAGGUCCCAAAACGACUUCGGCGCCGUAUCCCGGCGUCACCAAAACGACGGCGUCGCUAUUCGGCGGCGUUUACGCGGCGGCGGAUGGAGAAACGAAGACGAGCGAUGUGGUGGGGGGGAGUUUUUUCUCCUCCUCCUCAUCAUCAUCAUCAUCAUCAUCAUUGGGGGGGUUGAUGAUGUUGACCCCAACAGGGAAAAGUUUUGGUUGUGGGAUUUGCGGUCGAGUUUUUGGGCGUCGGGAGACGUUGAAACGUCACGAGAGGAUCCACACGGGUGAGAAACCUCAUCAAUGCGCCGUCUGCGGGAAGAGGUUCCGGGAGUCCUUCCACCUGAGCAAACAUCACGUGGUUCACACCAGGGAGAGGCCCUACAAGUGUGAGCUCUGCGGGAAGACCUUUGGUUACCCUCAAAGUUUGACUCGGCACAAGCAAAUUCAUCGUUUGCCGUUACCGGGUGGGUUUGGGAACAUCAUCAGUAUCAACGGUAACGUGAUCAAUGGUAACUCAACCAACAGCUCAACCAACAACCCAACCAACAACCCAACCAACAGCUCAACCAACAACCCAACUAACAGCUCAACCAACAACCCAACCAACAACUCAACCAACGUCAACUCAACCAACAACAUCAACAGAACCAACGGCAACUCAACCGAUGUCAAUGUCAACAGCUCAACCAACGUCAACGUGACCAACGUCAACAGCUCAACCAACGUCAACUCAACCAAUGUCAACAUGACCAAUGUCAACUCAACCAAUGGCAACAUCAACAACUCAACCAACAACGUCAACUCGAACAUCAACAACUCAACCAAUGUCAACACAACCAAUGUCAACUCAACCAACAUCAACAGAACCAAUGUCAACUCAACCAAUGUCAAUGCGACCAACGUCAACUCAACCAACAACAUCAACUCAACCAACAACGUCAACUCAACCAACAUCAACAGAACCAAUGUCAACUCAACCAAUGUCAAUGCGACCAACGUCAACUCAACCAACAACAUCAACUCAACCAACAACGUCAACUCAACCAACAUCAACCCAACCAACAUCAACCCACCCAACAUCCCCCCACCCAACCCCGACGCUUUGACUUACGGUUGCUCCGACUGCGGCCAACGUUUCCCGGACCUUUUCCGCGCCGUGAACCACAAAGAACUUCACAUCCACGACAAACCUUUCUCCUGCGAUUCCUGCGGCCACGCUUUCGCUUUGAUCGAGAACUUGAUGUGGCACAAACUGAUCCACCAAACCAACCCCGAAAGAUUUUUAACCCUUUCAACCGACAACAUCUUCCAACCAACCGAAGAACAUCCGGUGAUACCCAGCGGUGAACGUUUCACUUGUGGGACUUGCGGUCAAACCUUUAAACACUUCUUAACCUUGGUGACCCAUAAAUACGUCCACCUCGUCCGCAAGACCUUAACUUGUGGUGUUUGCGGUCAAAACUUCACCGGCGUCUACGAUUUACUCCUUCACCGUCGACGUCAUUUAGAAAAACAUCAUUUCCGGUGUCCGGUUUGCGGCAAACGUUUUUGGGAAGCCACUUUGUUGAUGCGUCACCAACGUUGUCACACCGAAGAACGUCCGUAUCGAUGCGCCGUUUGCGGUCGAGGUUUUUUGAGGUCGUGGUAUUUGAGACAACAUAAAGUGGUCCAUACUGGAGAACGUGCUUAUAAAUGUGCUCUCUGCAAUAAAAGAUUCGCUCAAUCUUCUAGUUUAGCAGAACAUCAACGUCUUCACGUGGUGGCACGUCCUCAAAGAUGUCACAUCUGUGGGAAAACCUUCCGGUAUCGAUCGAAUUUGUUAGAACAUCGUCGUGUUCAUUUAGGUGACAAAAUGUAUCGGUGUGAACUUUGCGGGAAGAGUUUCUUCUACUUGUCUUCUAUUUUAAGACAUCAACGUUCUCAUGAUGAUGCCCGAGAUGAUUUGAGAUGUUCUUCUUGUCUCAAGUUCUUCAAAGAUCCUAAAUAUUUUAGUAAACAUCUGGAAAGUCAUCGAGGUGGGAGACCCUUCAAGUGCGGGACGUGCGGGGAAGGUUUUAGGAAUAGCUACGGGUUGAAGAAACAUCGGCACGGUCAUAAGGUGGAACAUCUGGGAGCUGUGGGGCAGAAGGGGGUUUGA